ACCUAUUUCCGUUAGCCUUAGUUCCGUUAACCGCUAACGUGUGCCUAGCACGUGUAACAUUCAUCUAUACCUAGGUUACUAUACUCGAAUGAACAUCAUUUUCAUCUUCUUCUGUUCUUCAACUCACAAACGAGAGAAGAAAAACUCACCCCUCAGUCGAUUAGAAAACUAGGGUCAUCUCCUUCCUUUCAAUUCGAGCAAAAUCAUCAUCUUCAUUCGAUUAGAAAACUAGGGUUAUCUUGUACUUUUUAUUUCGAGUUUAAUUUCAAUCCUAAAAACUAAAUUUUCAAUUUAGGGUUUCUGAAAAUUGAAAUUAGGGUUUUCAAUUCGUGAAAUUAAUCAUGACCCAAAGCGAAAGAGGAGCAUCCAAUUGCGUUGGUUCAUCAAAAAGAAGUCAUCCCUCUCAAUCACUUUCAGUUGCAUCUGAAUUACCUUCUGCAUCUCAAGUUCAACAAUCAGGAAUUCAAUCAACACCUGCUGCUGUUGCAACAGAAGAAGCAGUAGAAGAAAUAGAAGUAGAUGAAGAUCCAAUUAUAGCUGAAGCAAAGAAGAAACUGCGUGCAGUAAGGUCUGAUGUUUGGGAUGAUUUUGAAAGGUUAACUGAAAAGAAGAUGGUAAAAGGUAAGGAGAUUGGGAUACUUGUAGCUAAAUGCAAACAUUGUAAUAAGAGAAUGACUUCACCCAGUAGCCAAGGAACCAGCAAAUUGCAUUACCAUGCCAAAACUUGCCAAAAAAAGCCUGCAAACAAGAAAGGACAAACAAAGAUUACUACAGUCAGAACAGAAGUUGAGGACUAAGGAGGAAUGCAGUUGGCAUUGGCAGUGGAGAAUUUGGAGAUGGAGGAAUGCAUUUGCAGUUGCAGAUGCAGUUGGCAUCCCUUUGUCUUUUCUUUUGCAAAAACUUGGUUUUUUUCUUUUGAUAGAACAUGUGAUGAUCUGAACAUGUAAUUUGGUUUAGAACAUGAACAUCUGUAUGUUUUUUUUCUGUGUGUCAUGGAUUUAGAACUUGUUUGCUUGGAUUUAGAACUAUUCUAUGUAAUUGGUUUGUGUUUUAAA